UGUUCACUGCCGGGCGGCGGCGGAAGCGGACGGGCCGCGGCGUCGAAGCGACAGGGACGGACCGGGAGGCGCCGCCGUUCUACCGCCCCGCGCACCCGCCCAGCCGACAUGAGUGACCAGCAGCUGGAUUGUGCCUUGGAUUUGAUGAGGCGCCUGCCUCCACAGCAGAUAGAGAAGAAUCUCAGUGACCUCAUUGACUUGGUCCCCAGCCUGUGUGAAGAUCUCCUCUCCUCUGUGGAUCAGCCCUUGAAGAUUGCACGGGACAAGGUGGUGGGGAAGGAUUAUCUAUUGUGUGACUACAACAGAGAUGGGGACUCCUACAGGUCACCGUGGAGCAACAAGUACGACCCUCCCCUGGAGGACGGUGCCAUGCCCUCGGCUCGCCUGCGCAAGCUGGAGGUGGAAGCCAACAAUGCCUUCGACCAGUACAGAGACUUGUAUUUUGAAGGUGGAGUCUCCUCUGUCUACCUCUGGGAUCUGGAUCAUGGCUUUGCUGGGGUGAUCCUCAUUAAGAAAGCUGGAGAUGGAUCAAAGAAGAUUAAGGGAUGCUGGGAUUCCAUCCACGUGGUGGAGGUUCAGGAGAAGUCCAGUGGCCGCACUGCCCAUUACAAGCUGACCUCCACAGUGAUGCUGUGGCUGCAGACCAACAAAACUGGCUCUGGUACCAUGAACCUGGGGGGGAGCCUCACCAGACAGAUGGAGAAGGAUGAGACUGUGAGUGACUCCUCCCCACACAUAGCCAACAUCGGCCGCUUGGUAGAGGACAUGGAAAACAAAAUCAGAAGUACACUGAAUGAGAUUUAUUUUGGAAAGACAAAGGACAUCGUGAAUGGGCUGAGAUCUAUCGAUGCUAUUCCUGACAACCAAAAGUAUAAGCAGUUGCAGAGGGAACUUUCUCAAGUGUUGACCCAGCGCCAGAUCUACAUCCAGCCUGAUAACUAAACCAAUCCAGGUCUGUGCAGACUUUUGCAGACAAAUCAAAACAAGAAGCUCUUAAAAACGACCUGGUGGAGGCUUUGAAGAGGAAGCAGCAAAGUUAAAAGUCCUGUCAGUGCUAACCAGCCAUGCCAUGCACUCGUUAGAUUCCUUUCCUAGAGAAUCAUCCCCGCCCUUUUCUGUUGGUCACGUCACGAUUUGCAUCCAAUACUCUCCAUGCAGCGCCAUCCUCUCCCCAUGAAUAAAGCUGUACAAACUUU